CCCGCCGGUCCCGAUCCCGGAACCAGGCACGAGAGCCCCCCGGGAAGGAUUGGAGUUUCCUGACACGUUACGGUAUAAGGCUGGCCUGCCGGAUUAUCUUGGAUCUCGUUUAGCCGGCAUUCGCAAUUGUCAUACCGUUGAGUCAAACCUAUCGGGGGCCGACAGGCUGAUUUCCGCCGAUGAUCUGGCACCGGUGUAGGUAGUGGAUUUCCAGAGUCCUACGGUAUCGUGGAUUAGAGAUCUUUUCAAUUCACUAUCGGAUUAUCCCCUAAAUCGCUGCAUCAACUUGCGAUAGGUUUGGCUUCGCAAGUUAAUGGGCACGGUCAAGUAGCUAUUAGAGGAUGCAUGAUGCCGUAUUAGGAAAUCCUUAGUCCUUUUUAAGAACUUUGUCCCUGAAUCCGGAGAUUAGAGACUUGAUGGAGACAGCCAAUCCUGGGAGCUUUUAUGGUACAGGUCUAUCAACGUGAUAAGGCGGUUGUCUCGUGUAUCGCAACUCUCACGACUCUGGUCGCCUCAACUUGAGCCCUAUACUGCACCUGCGUGCGUACGUCGUGGCAGCAGGCAAACAUUUGGGGUAAACCCACGACGCGCGGUCACUAGCCUUUAGCAAACAGAUCCCUUCUCUUCCUCACCCUGCCCCCCUUAUUCCUCCGAAUUCUUGCUUCUCUCCACAUCCAAUCACCACUCCUUUCCUCGACAUCACAUUUCUUCAGAACCAACAACCUUUCCCAACCUCUUACACUCCCAUUUCCAUUCUCUUAGGUCAUUUAGCUAAUUUCUAUAUUCAACUCGUUCACCCAUUCAAUCUCAUUUCAACUCCAUUUCAUUUAUUCGCGGGCGGUCAUGCCUGCCAUCUUGUUCGUCUACGCCGCCGUCCUUGUGGCAGGGACAGUUCUUUUCGGCUGGAACUUGGUACGGGCUCCAAAAUAGUUGGUAUGUAGAGUUUGGUCUGACCUGGGUUUUUACUCUAGGCCGAAUUGAAUGCUCCUCAGAGGGAAAUCCAGGACAGCUUGGGCCUAAAUGCUGCCCAAUUCGGUACGAUCACUAAAUCCCCAAGUUAGAACUUUGCAUGGCAAUCGUCCCUUUUGGUUUGCCCCCCGGUGAAUUGUGGUUGGGUCGGGGACUUGGAGGGUUGCAGUGGGCCUGCAAGUGAACCGGAGUCACGGCUGCCCCAUCUGAGACUCUAGUUUAUUUUUUUCCCCCCUCUGGCUGGGCAGACUUCUUCGGAGGUUCUGUGCCCGGCCCGGUCUCUUUCAAGAGCUAAUAAUACCCUUUAUUAAGGCCUCGCCUCCAGUGUCCUUGCUAUCGGAGGUCUAGUUGGCUCCGUUAUCGCAACCCCCGGUAUGAACGCCUUCGGGCGUAAAAGGGUUCUCAUUUGCACUGCCUUGGUGUUCGGACUCGGAGGGUUGCUCAAGGCCGGUGCAGGAGGUGCCAUUGUUCUCACCAUUGGAAGAUUCCUGAGUGGAACGGCUGCGGGUUCUGCUGCGGUUAUUGUGCCAAUUUAUAUCAACGAGCUCGCACCCCCCAACUCCAAGGGAGCAUUGUGAGUUAUUAAACAUGGUUUCAAACUUUGGCCAUUCGCAACUAACCUCUACAGUGGUGCCCUGACACAGUUAUCGAUUAAUUUGGGUAUCUUGUCCUCUCAGGUUUUGGGGAUUUUCUUGGGUGAGUUACUGUUUUCGAUGCCUUGGUUUCCUUCAAUUCUAAUUAUCUUCAUUGUUAUAGAAAAAAACGGGCAGUGGCGCCUCAUUCUUCUUAUCGGAGGGAUAAUUGGUUUUGCGCAGGCGGUUGCGCUACUAUUUCUUCCCGAGUCUCCAUCGUCUUUGAUGGCCUCUGGAGAAAUUGAGCAAGCUAGAAAAGAGCUUAUCAAGAUUAGAGGCACUCCGGACGUUGAGGAAGAACUUGCUGCUUAUCAAAGCCAGCCAGCUGGUAAGCUUUUAUUUGUUUUCCCCACCACGGGCAUCCUUCUCUUAGGGGAUACUUAUGCUAGUCGGCCAGGAAAACCCGUGGGAACAGAUAACACCGAGCCCAUGGGCGAACAUGACCCUUUCCUCGAGGCCGGAGCUAGUAUGUUUUCCUUACCAAGGGCUUCUUUACUCUGGGGAUACUUACACUAGGCAACCAGGGCAAACCGAGGGAAUGGAUGGCACCCAGCCCACUGGUGAAGGUGCCCCCCUCCUCGAAGCCGGACCCACUACCGAACCAGAGAAUAGCAAGAUUGGAUUGCUAGAGUUUGUGACCAAACGUGAAUAUCGUUUUGGGUUUAUGAUUGUUGCUGGCGUAAUGUUGGCACAGCAACUUACCGGUAAGUCGAUGUCUGAUGUUUUGAUCACGUCGACCAUAUUUACACCUUUUACUAAUUGUGUGGCUUUAUCAAACAUUAGGCAUCAAUGCUGUUGUUUUCUACGGCGUUUCAAUCCUACACGAUCUUCUUCCCAAUUCCGCGAAAUACCUCAAUGCAGCAAUCUCGGGCGUCAAUUUGUUUGUCACCUUGGGGGCAUCCUUCUUGUUCGAUAGAGUGAGCCACAGGUUUUUGCUCCUGGCGUCUAUGCUUAUGAUGGCGCUCUGCUCACUUGUCCUCACAAUGAGCAUCUUUUCCCGAUUCGCUGUCCUCUCCGCAAUUGCGACCCUGCUCUUCGUCUCGUCCUUUUCUAUGGGCUUGGGUCCUCUGCCCUGGAUGGUGGCCUCUCGUAGGAUAGAACCAAAUGGUGUUGGCGCAGCGCAAUCAAUUGGUUUGACUGCUAAUUGGAUGGGUACGUUCUUAGUCAGUUUUGCAGUCCCCGUGAUAGCGAGUACUGCUGGGAUGCCAGUCGUUUUCGCAAUAUUUGCAGUCCUGGGCUUUAUUUUCUACUUCUGGGGUCUCCGUUACUUGUAGCAUGGCGCUGUGGAGUACUCGGGGUUGGCGGUGGGUUUCAGACGUAGGGUUUGUCUUUUCUAUCUGAUUUUCUUUUCUUGCUGGGGUAUAAUGCGUGGAGGAGCUGCAACUCUUUUUGCAAUUUGUUUUUCGGCUAUUACUUGCUUCUCGAAUGUGUACGGCUCGUAGUAGUCGCAAGGGAAAUCAAAGCGUUGCACUGGAGUGAACUACGACUCUCACAAUUUCUAUUCAUCCAGGUGACCACAUCCCUUUCGGUUAUAAGAGUCGUAAGCACAUCUUGGAUGGUGGGAAAGAAGGAAUUUUGAAUCUAUAGCUUACGUGCUUGAUCGUUUGAGCAAGUCGCGUGUGAGCACAACUCUAGAUACAGUAACACAUGAAAUACCUAACGGCUCGA